AUGGCUACAACAAUGGGUGGAAGCGGUGAUACAGUUCAGAAUGGGAAUUUAGACAGAGAAAAGGAAAAUGUCCCGAAGAAUAUCGAGAAGGAAACUGCUGGCAACAUACAAGGAAAAUUAGUAAAUGGCGUUGCAUCAAAGAAAUCCACUGAUGAAGCAGUUGACAUCGCUGAUGAGAAAGUGGCGACAAAAAAUAAAGAACAUAAUCGACGAAAUACAUCAAAUAAAGCAGAAUCUUGUGGUAAGAACUUGAACAAGGAGAGUAAACCUCGUUCAAAAUCAACAAAUUUAGCGAAAGAAGCGGGUGGUGGAUAUCAAACAAUGCAGGCAAAACGACGUUAUAACUCUGUCGACAAAACUCGGAAUAUGCAGCAGUCAACAAAUUCGAUAACAUUAGAAGGAUUUCUUUAUAAUGGUGAAAUCGAUCUGGAAGAACCGUUUAGCGAUUCUGAUGAAAACGACACUUUAAAGGGACCAAAAAAACUUACACUUACCAUUCCACGGGGACGCAUACGUACUCUUUCGGGUACUGUUCCUGCAGUGGGAUAUAGUCCAAAAUGGGGUGGUCCAACAAUGUGUUUGAGCUGUCUGCAAUUUUUCGACCUACCGGAACAUCUCACGCAAUUUUCGGAUCAUUUACUGGAUGAUCAUCAUAUUGUUAUUGUCGAAAUCGAUUUGAUUGUUGAUCCGAAGAGAUAUGUGGAGUACUGGAGGCAACGUUUCGCAAAGGAAAGUAUUGACACCAUUUUUCCGAAGAAAAUCCCUGCUGAAAAUGACGAGUUCUAUGGAAAAACAGAUUAUUUCUAUGAAAUGGGCGAGCAUCUACCGGAGGAUUAUGCCUUACGUCAAAAACUUGCCAUGAGACGCCUGGAAGAGGCGUUAGCAUGUCAGCAACGCGAACGGGAAGAUACAAAUUUCAUACAGCAAUGCAUUUUUUGUCGGUAUACGGCACGUGGUAAUCGGUCGAAAAUUAUCCACCAUCUCUACAUGAUCCAUCAUUUGAAUCUUGGUUCACCCGACAACUUAGUUUUUGUUACCGAGUAUAUCGAAUGUCUGAAAUCAAAGCUUCUCAGCAAUGAAUGUAUUUAUUGCGAAAAAAGGUUCAGUGAUCGUAAUACUUUAAUGGAUCAUAUGCGCAAACGAAAUCAUAAGGAAGUGAAUCCAAAAAAUAAUUAUUAUGACAAAUUCUAUAUUAUUAACUACUUGGAACUGGGAAAGCGUUGGUUAGAUGUAUUGAAAGAAGACUUUGAAGAUACAAUGCUGACGUUUAUAGAUUCUGAUGAAGAAGAGGAAGAAUUGGUUACUCGAUAUUUUUUAAAUAUGUUUUUGAAUAAAGAACAAGUAACUAAUAUUAUUGUAAAUAGGGAAUCCUGGCAGGAAUGGCAAGAAGAUAAUAUCGAUGUGGAACAGACGCGUGUGGUUUGUUUGUUUUGUGAAGAAACUGAAGAUCACGCUGCUCCAUUACUUGAACAUAUCAAAAAUAUUCAUCACUUCGAUAUUCUCGGAAUUAUCGAAAAGGAGAAGCUGGGUGUUUAUGAACGGGUGCAAAUGAUUAAUUACAUACGUAAGGAAAAUUACAAUGGAAGAUGCUUUGUGUGUGGUAGGAGUGACUUGGGUUCGUUACAGAAGCUUAGACAGCAUUACGCUGAAAAUUGUCAUCUUUCAAAAGGAUUACCGGAAAAGUCGAUUUGGUGCACGGAAGAAAAUCUGGUGCCCAUAUUCGGUAACGACCAUCUAACUUGGAUGCUUGAAUCGUAUAUUGAUGAAAGAGAAGUUUCUACACAGGUUGAAGAGACAACGGCAAUGUUCGGGAACAUCAAAGAGUAUCUUAUGAAGCAAAGCGAAGUGAAUUCUGUGGAAGGUGUGAUUGCGGAAGAUCUUCCGGAACUACAUGAUGAUGCGUUUGCAGAUUUGAACUUAUAUGAAUCGUUAAAAUAA